AUUUGUAGUUAUUUUGCACUUUCUAUAUGAACAUUGUUCUUAAUUAAUGUAGUUGAAUUUCAGUUGUGGGGUUCAUCCACUGUUAUGUAGGUUUAUCAUUGAUUGGUCAUAUUGUGUGUCUGAUGGCUUUGUAAUUAAUUUGUUCUAUGAUAAGUAAAUGGUAAAAACAAAAAUCAUCCAUAUCACUCUAGCCAUAUUUCAAUGAUUUAGAGCCUAUAUGACAUAUCCACUUGUUGAGAUUGUUGUUGCUUUAUGCUUUAUGUAUAGAAAUAUAUAAUUAUAUUUUCUUUACAUCUAAUGUUCAAUUAUGCGUAUCCACCAAAAAAAUGUUCAAUUAUGCUUUAUAGUUGGGCAAAAUGGACGCUACAAAAAAGCAAUUGACCAAACCAAGUACCGCAACUAAGAAGGUAACGAACUAUGAGAAACAAAGAAUGAAGAAUAUUAAUAAAAACCGUGAGAGAAUGAAUGCUCUAGGAGUGAAGAAUAUAACAACUUGUUUGAAGGCUACGGUUCAACAUAAGAAAUUGAGGAAGGAAAAACGAAUACCAAUUGAGGAAAAUGACGAUGAUUAUCGACCGUCAGAGGCUGAAGAUGGCAGUGACACUGAAACCUAUGAUUCGUUUGAGCAUGAGCUGUUAGAGAUACCAUCGAGAGCCCGUUCACAAUCUCAUCAUGAGGCAUUGACCCACGCAUUAGAAGAGGGGGAUACCUCUUCACGUCCUGAGGUGACUAGCAAUCCGCCACCACCUCUCAAUGUGGAGCCUCAACUUGAGGUGACUGCUGGUAAUACUAUUGCUGCUAAGCGUGCUCGUGGCCCGACUCGAGGCAAAGAGGUUCAAGGCCUUGUUGAUAAAGAUGGAAAGCUUAGCGUGCCUAUCCCUCCAGAAUUUCGUGCACCGGUAGGGGACUAUGCCGCAAAACUAGCCUCAAAGAUUGGUGUAGAAGUGCGAACUCGUUUACCAAAUCCAAGUGUUCGUAGGUGGAAGUAUGUUGAUGCCUCCAUUAAGGAGGCGGUGUUUCAACGCUUGAAUAAUCACAUUCUUUUGAGUAGGAUACACAAAAAUCUAUUACGGACUCCAUCUGACCAAGGCAUAACCCGUAUACAACAACAAGAGUUUCCCAAGUGGUUCAAAGAGCGGAUAAAUAUAUUGAGAGAAGAAAAGUCACCAGAAGCAACCAAUGCGGAAGAAAGAAAGGGUUAUGAGUUUGGUAUCACAGAGUUGUACAAGGAAACUCACUAUAAUGAGAAAACACAUGAGUGGAUCUCAUCUCAAGCUCAGUGUAAUUAUGAUAAUAUGAUACAGACACAGGCUGAUCACCUCUCACAAUCGGGAUCAACCCCUUUGACUGCAGAAGAGCUAUCAAUCAAAGUCCUAAAGCCAAGGUCUGGCUAUGUGAAGGGACUUGGCAUGAGACCUUCAUCCUCUAUUAGGAGAGCCACUACCAUAUAUGCUGAAACAAAUGAUUAUGUGAAGCGCCUUGAGAUGCAAAUAGAGACACAAAAGGAACAAAUACAAAUGCAGAACAAUAAAAUAGAAGAUCUUGAAGAGGGUAAGAAGAAGCAAGGGGAGAUAAUGGCUGAUGUUGUCAACUUUUUGAGGACCAAAGGAUUCACUGGACACUUUGGAAGUGGAGGGGACUCAUCCACAAGUGGACAUACUUCUUGAUUGGAUUGGGGUGGCAUUUUUGACAUGCAACAAUGAUGUAAUUUGUUUGAAUGUUCAUUUUUGUUUGAUAAGGAUACACAUACUUUUUGGAGUUACACUAGUUAUUGUUGGAUUUUUGGUGGAAUUGAACAAGUUAUAAUUUUUGGAUA